AUGGCCAACACACACGUCCAGUCCGCGCUCAACCGCUUCUUCGAUGCAUCCAAGUUCGCCGUUGUGGGCGCGAGCAAGGAUGCCACCAAGUUUGGCAACAAGGUGCUCAAGUGGUACCAGGCGCACGAGCUCGAUGUGACGCCCAUCCACCCGAAGGAGGCCGAGAUCGAGGGCCUUGCGUCGCAACCUGACGUGGCGCGCUUCCUCGACGCCGCAGGUACGUCGGCGGACAAGAUCGCCAUCUCGGUCGUCACGCCGCCUAAGAUCAGCCUCGCCGUCGUCCAGAACGGUCUGCAGGACCAGGGCGUCUCCACGUUCUGGCUCCAGCCAGGUGCAGAGGACGCCGAGCUGGUCAAGUGGGUGCAAGCGCAACCGGCGUCGAUCCAGGAGCGUGUCAUCUACGGCGGGCCGUGCAUCCUGGUCUCUGGCCGUCAGCUCGCAGCCGACAAGGGCAAGCUCUAA